UAAUCAUCAUCCACCAUCAAACAUUGCAAGACCGAGAAAUCUUUCAAUGUGAUAACUCGCAGCACGGCUCCCGACUCCCAGCCUUCCUUUUAACGAAAGCCUAUUCUCGUACUUACCAAGCAGCCCUAGGUUUUCCAUCAGUGGCCAUCAACCAAGAACGACAAUGAUCUCCACCUAGGUCGAGUCAACUUGAAACCUUCCAGAAUGCCCAUCUCUGUCAAAACAUCCCCUUGUCGGUGCCCUUGUGACCAAACCACACAAUAUGAACGCUGUAUGGGUCAACAUCAGCCACCCCGGCCAAGCGAACUCCAGCGACAACAUCUCCACCGUCCGCUCGCAUAUCGGUCGGUACCAUCGGAAUCGAGCCACACCGGAGCAGAGGAAGGAACUUCUCAAGUCGCGCAAGGACUCACCACAUGAACUGAAACCAUGGGAGACCGGACCCAGAUGGUCGCUGGGCAAAUUGAGCUACAGACCUAUGGCGCCUCCAGGCACGAACGGACAGGGGCCAACUGGGCGCUCGUUUCCCGAAGUACCGAUCGAACCAGGAACUUCGACCAGUCUGCAGACUAGGCGUAGUCGACAUACGAACUGCAGCUCUUCGACCAAACGCUACGACAGCAAUCAUGAUGUGCAGGAUGAUUCCCACGACCCGCAAAAUCGACCAUCCAUACCUCGCAAAGCACCUCUUUCAUCCUCGGAUGCACUCUACGCUGACCAUCAGCAACUAUGUAAAAUCCCGUUACAGGGCGCCGAUGUCGUCGAUCCCUUCAGAUCAUCCCUUUUGUCAAACUACCCCAACUCCUUCAUGCUGCUGCGGUUCUAUCAAGACUGGACGCCUCAGCACCACAUCGACCCGGACAUUCACAACGAAUUAGUAUUAAUACCUCUGCUGGCCUACAACGCGACAAUCAUGACAUCUCUGAACUUGACAUCCAAGCAAGACUCUGGCCUACACCAUCUCACUGGGCGAUCAUUACACCUCGUUCAGCAGACCCUAAAGAAACUGUUAGCAACCCAAGUCCCCAUCGUUGCCAAUGCCCUAGCUUUCUUGAUCAUGUGCGCAUUGUUCCAAGCGGAUCACAAUGCCGCACAAACCCACCUCCAGGGCCUGAAAUCCCUCCUUAACCAUUUUGGCUGUUCUGUGCGCAGCCUGCCACUGCACGUACAACGUAUGGUUGGGUAUUGCGACAUCGCUGCCCGACUGCCCCAGCUGGGACGGCCGAUUUUUGACACAGAAUUCCAGAACCCUUCAACCAGGCAAAGGGCAGUGAUUAGCGACAGCCCCUUUCAACUGGCAAGGGAGAACCUCUCUGAGCUCUUCGAAAGGCUCGGAGAAGAGACAUACUGGCCGAUCAGAGAUGCAGUCACGAAUGUGCUGGAUACUCUGGAAGAGGCGAUCUUUCUUGAUCCUCGAACCGCGGAAGACCCUUCAGCCCUGCAGUUCAUGUAUUAUCGGACGUACAUCUCGUUGUUGGACCUGGAUGAGGUUCCAUCAGACGGCAACCACCGCCUUGCUUCGUGCAAAGCACAGCUGGUACGUGCAUUCUGGAACAUCGCGCUUCUUGCUCCCAUUCGACAAGCGCAUAGCGGACUCUUCGAACAAGCCGUUAAGCGUCUCGAGUCCGUCUCCGGAGUCGCAGAAGAACGGAUGGAUUGCGGGCCCCAAAAGUCAUCGAGAUUUGCUCUCCCUUACAAUGAUUCAACUGGGACGUUGCGGGAUCUUUCCAAUCAAUAUCCACAAUUCGUCGGACGAGACAAGCCCUCUCGGAUGAAUGACUUGGUGGUGGGAUACGCCGAAGUCCAUGCACGCCUGUCGCAAUACGAACAAGCCUCGAGCGGCAAUAUCAGCAUGUCCUUGAGGAGAAAACUGUACGGGCCGAUAUUCUUGCACAAUCCAGUGACGCCCCAGACGUGAAAAUCCCCCUAAAGCUCCUGAUAGCAAGCUUGAGUAGAAGCACAUCAAACGAACGGCCGCGAUGUUGGUCUUGAAUUCACAUAGGGCCCGUGACAUGUUGGCUGGCGGCGAAUUGUCUGCAUUGAGAUUCACGCAGGAACAUUUGUCAGUUGAUUGCCUUUCUCAACUCGGUGACACCAUCGUUCCUCUUCGAACAGACCACAUGGGUGAAGCCCACCAGGACUGCAACCUGCACUUAUACCAAUUUCUCGGCUCCACAGGAAAGAAAUGAGAGACUGCUUGACGAUUCAUUCAUCAUCUAGGAGUCUUCUUCUCUUUCUCGCCUUUGUUAGUAUAGGCUUUGCCCAAGAUGUAAGCCUGUUUGCUCGCUUCCCGGGCCCAGCUUGCACUUCGCUAUGGCAAGUGCACUUGGCUGAUUCGCCCUCCUCCGCUGCCGCGGCUGACAAGGACUGGGUAAGUCCGCUCUUUGUUCCAUCGUGGGAUCUUGCGCUUUUUCCUGGAGGGACAGGCAGCUCUGGGUCAGGGGAGUCGCCACCGAUCCCUGCUGGUGGACUUGCAUCAGGACAACUAGUGCUUGUGGACAAGUUCAAAGUCCCUAGGCUCGUGCCUAGUCCGCUAUCGUCGAUGGGGCUGUUUGUCUCAUCCACUGGGCUUGGUGGAUCUCCAUGUUGAGGGGGUCCCACGUCGGGAUAGAACAAUCUGAAGACCUUAUUGUGGCCGAAGACAACUGCGCUUGCGUCUUGGAGCUUGGAUAACGGAUUGGAGGCACUCUUCGACUCGGCACUACCAGCCUUCAGUUUGGCAGGCAGUAGCACUUGGACAAACCCAGGGUACUUCACACAAGCCUCCCCUUUACAAUGAAAACGCUUAGGCAAUGGCUCCCUUUGG